AUGCUCACCUUCCACUGUUGGCUAUCCGGCCACAGUGACACACCGUGGACGGUCAACUCUAUUCUCUCAUUAAACCGCGAGGAGGGCCGCCAUAUCCAAUCGGUGUCCUGCGCACCCUCGCCACUGGUUCUGGGCACUGAAUGCGCGGCCACCUCAAUUCGCUCCGAACCUCCCGUUGUUUCGCCUGGUAGUCCGCUCGGCGAACCCACUAUAGCCGCUACGGACCGUGACUGCUGCUCGCUGAUGCCGGGAUGCCUGCGUAUGCCUGCGGCUCCCGCGCUCUCGCUCUCGGGGAGGCCUGUCUCAUCCUGCAGGCACUCUUCGGCUCAGCCCCCGUUCUCGGCCUUCGACGCGUCUCCGAUGCUUAAUAUACUCCCGCGUUCCACGACUCCACCUCAAUCAUCUCCUGCAAGAGGACCUGCAAGAGGACUUCCUGCAAUGCAGCGUCCCGUCCCUCGGUGGACGCCUCGGUUGGAGGUCGAAUUGCAACGCCAGCAGGAGCGCGCUACCCCCAUCUCGUGGCUCGGACUAUGUGACGAUCCUGGUCUUUUCCCUCUUCACCAGGCAGUCGGUGCAAACCUGCACGGGCAGCAAUGGGUUGCGUUUGGACGGACCUCCCUUUCGACUUUCAACAUUGAAGAUGCCAUCGGUCUCGGCAAUGGCUUGCUCUCGGCAGUCACCUCACUGCUGGCCAGCACCAUAGGAAAUAGUGCCAAACUCGGUUGCCUGAUCGAUGCGGAGAACCUCCAAGAGACGCCUGCAUGA